GCAACCCCCAGUUCUACCUGAACCUGUCGAAGACUGACACGGUUCUAAGCAGCAGAGGGGAAUGUACUAUUAUCAUCUCUCUCAUGGAGAAGGAAAUAGACAAAAAGACAUCGAUAGCGAUAGGGUUUGAUGUUUACAAACUGCUGAAACCAGACCUUCGGCCACUGAACGAAAGGCGUGCCCCCAAGAACGCCUGGAGAUGGCGAAGAGGUCUGGCAAGUACCAGUUCUACCGGGAAGUGACGAAACGGAUGGUUCUGCCUCCCGGACAUUACGUCAUCAUUCCAUCAACGUACCUACCUAACGAAGAGGCCAAGUUCAUGCUGAGGAUUUUCACAGAAAAGUUCGCCAAUAGCAGUGUUAUGGAAGAGAAGCCAGACAUGUCGGACAAAGAUAUCCCGCCCAUCUUGUCGCCCAAGGAUUUUGUCUACGACCUGUUUAACAAGAUCGCCGGCAGCGACAGCAUGCUGGAUGCCGCGGAACUGCAGACCUUUCUCAGCGCUGUCUCUGAAGAAGACAUCAAGAAACAAGUAAACUUUAGCGUGGAGCAGUGUCGGAGUCUUCUUCCAAUGAUGGAUGAAAGUCGCACUGGAAGACUGGGCUUCAAUGAAGCCAAGAAACUGUGGAAGGAAAUAAAAGCUUACAGGGAGGUGUUCCUGCAGUUUGACAGAGAUAAAUCAAACUCCGUGGACACUUACGAACUUACCAACAUGUUCACCAAACUAGGAGGCCCGUUCCUACUGCUCCUCAAAGAUACAACAAUGAUGGGACCCGAUGGCUUCCCUGUCGCUCGACCUGUUCUGACCGCUAUUGUGCGUCGCUAUGGUGACCGGGACAACCGCAUCUCGCUGGAGGACUUCAUCGUUAUAAUCUUCCGACUAAUUGAGCUUUUCAAAGUGUACCAGGCUCAAGAACAAAGAACGGGCCGCUCAGGUGUAGCAGAAUUCUCAAGGAAUGAGUUCUUGCAAAACACAAUGUACUUGUGAGGAUUUCGGUGGUGCGAUGAAUGUUCUACAGCUUCGCAGACGACAGGUGGCUGCUGAGGAAGAAUGGAAAGUGUUGCAUGAAAGUCUACCACAUGCUUAAUAACUUCAGACACGACACCUGCGGUCUGCUGACGUUUGCGUCAGAGUAAAUGUCGAACUGAUUGUUCAGGACUUUUGGACACUUCACUAGAAAGAUUGGAGAAAAUGUCGAAGGAACUACUGAGAAAAUUUAAGGUUACGGAAUACAUUGCUCAUUGUUUGCACAUGUCAAGGAAUGGAUCACAAGAAAUUGUCUAAAGAUUGACUGGAAAAAGUUAAAAAUGUUAACGCUCAUUAUAACUAGUAUUAAUUGUUGAUAAAGAUAGCAAAACAUUUCAGCCGAAAUAACCUUUCUCUGAGAAAUGCUUGGCGAAGAUCGAACAAGAAGCUUUAAUAUAGCCCUUUUGAUAAAGUGUGACCCUUGACCUUUAUUUGUCAGCCCGAACACUGCCGAUACUGUCACGAGGACUCGUGUGUGGACAGAAUAGGCACGAGAAAAAAAACCUUCAAACCCUCCUCUACUGUUGGAAGAGGAUAAUACCGCCUUAGAUAGUUCCAGAUUCUCAUCCAAACUUACCUCAUUUCAGCAUCCUAACUUCCAGCUCCUCUAUCAUCACCAUCAGCGCCUUAGAUCGUUGCUGUUAUCUUGUCGUUAUUGGGACGGAGGGUCGGGGGGAACUGUUGUCGUCCUUAUACAUCUAACACUUCUUUCAACAUCAAUGAUUCCCCUAUCGCGUUCAUCAUCCAUUAGUUUUUGUUUUUCCAUCUUUUAAUCCUCAUAACACCCAUCAUCCAAAUUUUUUUUAUCUGGUAAAAGACAAGCCAUGAUCUGAUAAAAGUUGUAUCUCCACUCAGAGGCUUGCUAUCGCAUACCUUCGACAAAUUUCGAAGGGUACUUUGGUAGCGACUGAUUUAGUUGCAGUAGAUAUUCUAGGUGAUAAUCAAAUAAUAGUAAUUGAUGAUCUAGGAACUGUAUACCUGUAAUGAUAUUUUUGAUAUGAAAUCUGAAGAUCUGAACGAUUCAACGGCUAGGCCGACUAUGCAAUUCCCUGACGUGUUUAUAUUUCGCCUCCGAAACACUUGCCGCAUCUUGCUUCGAUUUUGAAGUACGCAUCGGGAUGAUUUUAUUUCAUUAUUCAUUUUAAAAGUUAUUUUCAAUUUUGCAUCGAAGGAAUGACCUUUCGGCUUACACUUUUUUUCCUCACUUCGAUUUUCUUAGUGCAUUAUUAUAUCAUCCGAUUAGUCAUUUGUAUCAGCUGUUACUUGAAUCAGAUGGUAAUGAAUAUUCAGUAUUAUCACAUUGCUCACUUCAAAGCUUCUGUUACGUGCUCGACGUACAGAAAAUAUACAAUAGGAAUUUAUUAUAUAGUUAAGCCGGGACACUUAUGAAUAGGAACUUAAUUUGUUGUUCAUUUCGUCUCCCUACCACUGUGUUACACAUCUAAAAGGUGACCGGGUGGUCGUGUGCACUGAAGAAAACCAGUCUGACGAGUACACACGUUGUGGUGUUUAUCAGAAAAGAAAGUCGAUUUUUAUGAUAAAUUGAUGAUGACCGUUUUUUCAUGCUUCGCGGGGUCUGUAAUUUCUUGAGUGGAUGCUGACUAGACUAGGUCUUUGCUAAUCAGAAUAGUUUUGCCUCCGUUUGUUCCGAUCUGCAGCCUAUCGUUAACUUUGCAACUUUCGCAUUGAUGAUUAUUGUAUUUACGAGUGAAGUCACCUCAGUUUUAAACAGAUUUUUAGAGAAAUUAUAACAUAGAGAACCAGUUUACAGAGUUGUUCUUUAUUUCACUAAUACGUAAAUCUAAGCUAAGCUAAGCUAUGUGGAAAAGUCGCUUCCCCUUUCUAAUUAUGUCAGGAAAACUCACUUUUGUUAAUGCUGAAGAUAGCAGAGGUAGUCCUUGCAACUAAACUACAAAGAUCUUUACAUAAAUAGUUCAGUCAAUGACGACGAGUGUAAUGACCAUAACGAAGAUGAUGAAUGUUGACAAUAUUAUUCGAUCAGGCGUAUUAUUCUUAUUAUUACAUUGACGUUCACAACAAAAGAGCUACAUCUGGAGUUUCUUUUUUUAUUUCAUUUUAUUUUUUGUGUGUGUGAAACGAGUGCCAUACAUGUUUGUCUUUUGAGCGUUCUGCAGGAAAUUCGGGGGAUGACUGUACAACAAGAAACGAUUGUUUAUAUGUUGUCAUUAUUGUCCUUCCGAAUUAAUUUGGAAACAUUAUUAUUUUGUUGAUUAUAUUGCAACGGUUACUUUCUGUAAUACCGUUGCAAGUUGUUUUUAUUUGUAAUACAGGUUAAAACUUUGCUCAGAUAACUUUUUCGCUUGUGAUAAAUUUAUUUUGUUUUAGUUUAUUUUCAUUGUUGUAUAAUAGAUAGUUGCCACAACUUUGCUUUACUUAAACUUUUUAGAAAAAUGUAUAUUAAACACACAAUAAAAACACA